CGCUUACAAAUCAGGUUCCAUGAUAGAAACCAGCGGUAGAGGGUAAAUGACGCACGGAAACGCGCAGUUCUGAAAAAUAUUACUUUAAAUGGAGGAUCAAGCUUGAGCCACAUCCUUCAUCCUGCAUGCAGCUAAUGCUUCAGACCUUUAUAUUGUGAGGUGAGCACAAGCUCAAUUCAUGCAGAACAUGGAUAAAGGGUGGUUUAUUGGAAAUGAGAAGAUUCUCCCGUCAAAAUCUGAGCAACCAAUGUCCAGACACAGCAGUGUCUUAAGGCCUUGCAUGACUAUUAACCUGACUGAAAUUCUUAAAGCUGAUAGACCUUGUGCACCGAAGAAGCCUGUCCCAAUACGACCACCAAGCCCCAGAGCCGCUCUGUCAAAAGGACAAGAGUUGCACCAGUUUCUCUCUUGUGAGCCCACACCUAAGCCAAUCAUCCGACAGCGGUCACGCUCUCUGCCAUCUGCCACAGAGAAGAAAAAGAAACGAUGUAGAAAUAUUGGUGUAAGGUUUGUUGACUCUUUGGGAUUGGACCUGGAAGACGUCCGGCUUUUUAGAUCAGGGGAGGAUCCAUUUGUGCCACAACAUGUCACAUUUAAGUUGUUGAUGGGUGCUGAGAUAGCAGAUAGAAGACAUCUGGAGAUUUCCUUGCCAUAUCUGAAGCCAGUUUUUGCCCAACAACCAGGCGACCAGCCAGGAUUCUUGCAUCGUCUCCAUGAACAGAAAGUAUGCCUGGAGAGAGUUUUGUGUUUUGAACUAGGUAUUAUCGGAAUUGUCCAAGUCCUCAAUUUAAACUUUGAGAAAGAUGUUGGAGCUCGUUACUCAUUUACAGAGUGGAAGAGUUGUACAGAAACAAAGGCCUCUUGGGUGUCCACCAUUACAAAAACCUGGGAAGGAGGAGGGGAACAAUUUAGUUGUGAUACAUUUCGUUUUCAUCUGCCAGUUCCACCAUUUCUGAACCCAGGAGCACUUUUAGAGUUUGCCAUUCUCUACAGAGUCUGUGGGGCUGAAUACUGGGACAACAAUAAUGGAGAGAAUUACAAGUUAGUCUGCAAAAACUACAAACUCACAGUGCCUAAAGAAUGUGAAGACAGCAUGGUGCACUUUUUUUAGAAUGCAAAUUAAAGGUAGAGGGUAUUUUGAGCACUUUAUUAUUGUUAAUAGCAACACCUCUAAAAAAAACUGCAGGGAAGCAUAAAAUAAUCAUUUUAUUGUUAGUGCCACCAUUAAAAGCCUGUAAAUAGAAUUAAAUACAAGAUCAACUCUGGACAGAACUGGCCAGAGUCAAAUGCAGAAACACUUGUGCACCGUUUGUUAAAAUUGUUAGAUUUUUUCUGUCUUGUUUUUUAACUAUUUGAAUAGAAACUUCACUACAGAAGCAUCUUUUGGUUAGGACACCCACAGAUUAGUAAUUAUUCUGUGAAACACAAAUAAACGUCCACUUGGCUUCCUGCUGGACAACUGGCCGAGGUCAUUUCAUACAGCACAGAAAUUUGAUAUGCUGAACCAUUUUUAUCUCUGUAUUUUAUUACUAAUUCACAUCUCAUGUCUAAAGCAUGUAAUAAAUAGAAAUGUGUUAUACUGAAUCUUUUCAUAAAAUGAAAUUAAUUCUUAUUUUGCACAACAAUAAAUUAUGU